UGGGUCAGGCUGAAGGUGUUGAAAUAGCAGGAGUGACAAGAGAGUUGGCUCACUCGCAUUAGGAGCUGGGGUUCCCUGACAUGACAAAAGGGGGAAUGGAGACAGUGGAAGUGUUCACGUCGGAAGGCAAAGGCAGGGCUUUGAAGGCAGUCAGAGAAUUCCUGUCUGGGGAAGUCAUAUUUGCGGAGCCUGCUUAUGCUGCGGUGGUUUUUGAUAGCCUGACUCACCUCAUCUGCCACACCUGCUUUAAGCGGCAGGAGAAGCUCCAUCGUUGCGGUCAGUGCAAGUUUGCUCACUACUGCGACCGGACCUGCCAGAGAGGCGCCUGGCUGAAUCACAAAAAUGAGUGCUCUGCCAUCAAGAAGCAUGGGAAGGCGCCCAAUGAAAAUAUCAGGCUAGCUGCCCGUAUCAUGUGGAGGAUAGAGAGAGAAGGAGGUGGCCUCACGGAGGGCUCCUUGGUGUCCAUUGACGACUUGCAGAACCACGUGGAGAACUUCGGGGAAGAGGAGAAAAAAGAGCUGAGGGCCGAUGUGGAAAGUUUCAUUGAAUUCUGGCCACCCCAGAGCCAGCAGUUUGGCAUGCAGUACAUCUCUCACAUAUUUGGAGUGAUAAAUUGCAAUGGCUUCACCCUGAGUGACCAAAGAGGACUGCAGGCUGUUGGUGUGGGUGUCUUCCCCAAUCUCUGCCUGGUGAACCAUGACUGUUGGCCUAACUGUACUGUCAUAUUCAACAACGGCAAUCAUGAGGCUGUAAGAUCAAUGUUCCACACACAGAUGAGAAUCGAACUGCGUGCACUAGGUAAGAUCUCACCAGGGGAAGAGCUGACGGUUUCCUACAUUGAUUUCCUCAAUGUCAGUGAAGAUCGCAGGAAGCAGCUGAAGAAGCAGUACUAUUUUGAUUGCACAUGUGAGCACUGCCAGAAGAAAAUCAAAGAUGACCUGAUGCUGGCUGUGAAAGAAGGUGAACACAAACCCUCCCAAGACAUGGUGAAGGAAGUUAUCCAGUUCUCCAAGGACACACUCGAGAAGAUCAACAAGGCCCGCUCUGAGGGAGUGUACCAUGAAGUGGUGAAGCUGUGCCGUGAAUGUCUGAAGAAACAAGAACCUGUCUUGGGGGACACUAAUAUCUACUUGCUUAGGAUCCUGAGCAUUGUUUCGGAAGUGCUCUCAUACCUCCAGAUGUUCGAGGAAGCAGCAGACCAUGCAAAAAGGAUGGUUGAUGGCUACAUGAAGAUCUACCAUCCCAACAAUGCACAGCUAGGGAUGGCAAUGAUGCGAGCAGGAGUGACUCACUGGCAUGCUGGUCUCAUUGAAGCAGGCCAUGGCAUGAUCUGCAAAGCCUAUGCCAUUCUCUUGGUGACACAUGGUCCUACCCACCCAAUUACCAAAGACCUGGAGGUCAUGCGUGUUCAGACGGAGAUGGAGCUGCGCAUGUUCCAGCAGAACGAGUUCAUGUACUACAAAAUGAGAGAAGCGGCCCUCUCGAACCAAAAGAUCCAAGUCAUGCCAGAACCCUCCACUGAGGCUUCACAAGACCUCUUUGUCAAGAAGCAAUAGACCCUGAGCUUGAUAUCCUAUAUACCAGUAUUCUUGUAAGGGGUACUACAUCAGCCACUGUUGUUCUGAAUAGGAAGAGAGUGACAUGUCCUUAAAGUUGUUUCUAAUGGUAUCUAAUAACACACAGAUAUGUAGGGAAUGGGUCUUGAAAAAUGUUUUUUUUUUCUAACAGCUCAGAGCAUCGAUUAAGAAGUACUUUCCAGGAAAUGCCUCUUGAGCCUAAUAAUAAUAAUAAUAAUUAAAAGAAGUCAUUAUAAAAUAGCUUCAGCAAUAAUUCAACUUAGACCUCAUUCAAAACUACUUUCUUUUCAUGAAAGGCCAAAUCCUGAAGUCUUUGCUUAGAUUUCCAGUGAGUUCUUUCUUGAGCAAAACUUCCACUGGUGCUUGCCCCAGUGCACCAGGACCUCUGCAAACAGAGUAUGGGCUACAGCAUGUCUUGUCUGGGGAAUUAUUGAGUGAAAACAGAGUCAGGCCCUCAGGAUUUGGCUCAUGAACAACAUUUCAUGUAAGGUCACUUUUCCAGCCCUUCAGAAUUGAUUGUUAGUGUAGUGACUAGCCUGGCAGAUAUAGCAGACUUUAGGGAGUGCUGUGAGCAGAGUGCAGAUUGACUUGGGAGCUUCCAUUGGCCAAAUAAACAUAGUUUUGAACUUUCUAAAUGAGGAUGACAGUAUCUCAGUGGUUUUUCUAUCACCACCUCAACCAGGUCGAGUCAGGUGAGGACAGUUAUCAAACAUUAUGGUCUGGAGUGGGGCCAGCCCAGUGGCUAAAGAAGAUAAGUAACAGAAGAGGGAGCUUUGAUCACACUGACAAAGGGAGUGGGGAGCCGUGGGAAAGAACCCCUUCCCCAGACAGCGGGUGGGUGGGAGCUUGUUAGUGGAGAAGAGGGGAGAUGUUCUCCCCAUUACUCUUACUUACCUGAAGUCCCAGUCCUAACCCAGCCUGCAGCACUGUUGGUCUGAUAGGUUUGGGCUCCAUUUAUGCUAGCUGACUGAACUGGGUCCAGAUGACCUGCUUCAUUAUCAUUGUUCAAACCUCAUAUGUCAGUUAAUUUCUGAGACAAGUGCAGAUGGGGAUGAAUGCCCAGAACUGAGUUCAAUGCACUUUGAUGUGGCUAGUGGAUAAUGUUAGAGCUAGUGUGGAGUAGGAAUAGACCACUCAAAAGCUUAUAGGGUGUAGGAGAGGGGACAAGAUUGGUGAUUCCUUUAGGGAGAGGCUGACACGGGUUCUUGCUGAUAUCUUCCCCGAGUAUUUGCUUUGGUUUAGGACAAGUCUAUCUCAGUGGGCUUUCUGUACAUUGGGAAGGAAAAGGGUUUAGUGCAAUGGCCAUCAGACAAAGUUCCAAGACAGUCCAGUUUGCACGCUUGCCUCUACCCCUGGCUUUGGGCAAGUCAAUUAA